AGCAUUAAUGCUAAAUAAAUCUACAACAAUAAACAAAUAUGAGAAAUGACUAGUUUUUAAAUCACGUCUCUCAAGAAAGACUGCCAUGUUUAGCCUAAGGCCUCCUUGUUGCUUGCAUUACACAUAAUAACACAAGAGUGUCUUUAAAAACGCAAUGUGCAUCAUACGUCAAAUUAUAAAGUAAAUAUAUGUCCUGCUGUCUCUUGUACCGUGGUGAUGUCGCUCCCACUGAUGUGAACAAUGCUAUCACAAGUAUCAAGAGCAAAAGAAGUAUUGGAUUUGUUGAUUGGUGUCCAACAGGUUUUAAGGUGGGUAUAAACUACCAACCACCAACUACAGUACCGGGAGGCGACUUGGCGCGCACCACACGAGCCGUAACCAUGCUGUCCAACAGUACCGCCAUACGCGAAGCUUGGGAACGGAUCUUGAAGAAGUACAACCUGUUGUACUCUAAACGAUCCUUCGUCCAUCAUUACGUUGGAGAGGGAAUGGAGGAAGGAGAGUUUCAAGACGCUAAGGAGGACCUGGCAGCGCUCGUUAUGGAUUACAAAGAAGUAGACAGUUGAUGAGAUGCGGUGAAUAGGAAAGCAAAAAAGCAAUUCUUAAGCAUAGUUGUUUGAGUAUAUUUUAUGUGCUAGUGUGGUUAGACUGCUGUUGGCCAGGAGCAGAAUAGUUUAGGUUGAAUUGCGCGAAAUAUUUAGGCAGACUUGUGAAAUUUUUUGAAAGCACAAGUAACUGCGAACCGUACGACAAGAUAAAGAACGAAACGACAAUAGAGAAACUACAGUUAUGUUGGUCUCUUGAAAUUUGUCAUCAAAAAACUUCUAUCUUUAAGUAAUUAUUGUUAACAACAGAAACACUGUCAAGAAAACGUCAACACCCACAAAAGAAAAUAAAUCUCUAUAUCAA